UGGGCGAGUUCAAUUUAUGUACUUUCAGUUUAGAAUUUUAAUUUAAUUCGUACUUAAAGAAGGGACUUUGCUGUAGUUGAAUUUUUAAACAGUGCAACGCUUAAGAAAACAACCUAUUUUGCUUGAAUCUGUCGUAGCCAAUCAUUAAAACCCCAUUAACCAUUAACCAUUGAGAACCACAAAAAAAGCAUUAUGGAAAUCCAACAAUUGGAAAUAUUGUGCAAGCAGCUGUAUGAAGCGACAGAUGCAAACAUACGUGCUGAUGCUGAAAAGAGACUGGCGAUAUUUGUUAAUAGCAACGAUGCUUUACCAAAAUGCCAGUUACUGCUAGAUCGAGCUGAUUCCAGUUAUGCACAACUUCUUGCAGCUUCUACCCUCACAAAACUCAUUCAAGGUAUAACUCUCGGACAACGCAUUGAUAUUCGCAGCUAUGCCCUCAACUAUUUGGCAACCAGACUUAAUUUGCAACACUUUGUAGUACAAGCACUUGUAACACUUUUAGCAAAAAUUACAAAAUAUGGAUGGUUCGAUUCAUGCAAGGGAGAAUUCAUCUUUCAAAACAUACUUGAGGACGUAAAAAAGUUUUUACAGGGCUCGGUUGAGCAUUGUACUAUUGGCGUACAAAUUCUGUCGCAGUUGGUAACAGAAAUGAAUUCAAUUGUGGAGCUAGAUGCACACUUGUCAUUCUCUAAAAACCGUAAGAUAGCUACAUCUUACCGAGAUCACCAACUGUACGAUACGUUUCUACUUUCCUGUUCCCUUUUGAUAAAUGCUCGAGAUAAUAGCAAGAACUUAAACUUUCUGGACGAGUCGCAACAGGCGCUAAUAACACAAGUCUUGCGGCUUACAAAGAACUGUCUUAGCUUCGACUUUAUUGGUAGUUCCACCGACGAGUCAGCAGAUGAUAUGAACAAUGUCCAGAUACCAACAGCUUGGCGUCCUGCAUUUCUUGAUGCAAACACAUUAAAAUUAUUUUUUGACUUAUAUCAAAUAUUACCAAAUGGCUUAGCCAGUUAUUCACUGUCGUGCCUAGUACAAAUGACAUCCGUACGUCGAUCUUUAUUUAGUAACUCAGAAAGAACGAAAUUUCUCACAAAUUUGGUAGAAGGUGUCAAAAAUAUUCUCAAAAAUUUGCAUGGUCUAAGCGAUCCAGAUAAUUAUCAUGAAUUUUGUCGAUUGCUAGCACGUUUGAAGUCCAAUUACCAACUUGGAGAGCUCAUAGCCGUUCCUUGUUACCCCGAAGCCAUAGAAUUGAUAGCAAAGUUUACCGUACAAUCAUUACAUAUGUGGCUCUUUGCUCCAAAUAGUGUGCACUAUUUACUUACCUUAUGGCAGCGUAUGGUCGCAUCAGUACCGUAUGUGAAAUCGCCGGAUCCGCACUUACUUGGCACGUACACACCUGAAGUUAUUAAGGCGUAUAUAGAGUCUCGUCUAGAUGCUGUGACGUUGAUUGUACGUGAUAAUAUGGAGGAUCCAUUAGACGAUCUUUGUAUGGUGCAACAACAACUUGAGCAGUUAUCGGUAAUCGAGCGCUGCGAAUAUAAUAAAACUUGCAAUCUUCUUGUACAGCAUUUCGACCAAAAGGCCCGAGAAUACGAAAAUCUCUUGCAGACACAUAAUUCAAGCCCCAUAGAUAUUACGGUUCAUGAGUUACAGCUGACAUGGUUGGUUUACAUAAUUGGUUCGGCUAUUGUUGGAAGACUUUCUGUUACUACCAGUGAUGAGCACGAUAAUAUGGAUGCAGAGCUUGUUAUUCGUGUAUUGCAGCUAAUGAGUUUAACUGACUCACGUCUACCUCAAACUGGUUGCGAAAAGCUAGAACUGGCCAUUUUAAGCUUUUUAGACCAAGUUCGUAAAAUGCAUAGCAGUGAUCAGGCUCAAAAGGCAACUGUUUAUAAACGACUCAACGAAGUCUUUGGACUAAAUGAUGAGCAAAUGUUGCUUAGUUUUAUUAACCGCAAAAUUAUUACAAAUCUUAAAUUUUGGGGCCGCUCUGAGCAAAUAAUUACAAAAACUUUAGUUUUAUUAUCCGAUCUCUCUGUGCAUUUUAAUUCAGUGCGAAAAUUAGCGCGUCUAGAAGAAGUACAGUUUAUGUUAACACAUCACACAAGCGAACACUUUCCUUUUCUUGGUACGAGCUCUUCCCUGAACGAAAUGCGUUGCCGUACAAUGUUUUAUACAUCUCUAAGUAGGUUACUAAUGUUUGAUUUGGGAGAAGAUGAAGAACGUUUCUAUAAUUUUCUUACUCCGCUUACAAAUCAGUUUGAAUCACUUGGAAAUGUGUUAAUGGAUACAAAAUGCUUUCCUAAUGAAGAGGUCAAAAAGGCAAUUAUUGGGCUAGCUCGGGACCUACGCGGCCUAGCAUUACCGCUUAAUGCUCGCAUUCAAUAUACAAUGCUUUUUGAAUGGCUUUAUUAUACGGAUUACUUACCUAUACUGCUUCGUGCAGUUGAAUUGUGGGCUCAUGAACCUGCCAUUACUACGCCUGUGUUAAAGCUAUUUGCUGAAUUAGUGCAUUGUCGAACCCAGCGUCUAGCAGGAAAUGUGUCUAGCCCUAUGGGAAUUUUACUUUUUCGUGAGGCUUCAAAACUUAUUUGCAUAUAUGGCAAUCGUAUUUUACAUCUAGAAGUAACAACUGAUCAACUUUACCCGAUGAAAUUGAAGGGGAUAUCAAUAUGCUUCUUAAUCUUAAAAAAUGCGCUUGGAGGGAACUAUGUGAACUGUGGCGUGUUUAAAUUAUACGGUGAUGAUACAUUACAUAACGUACUUGAUAUCAUUGCCCAACUUAUUCUCUCUAUACGACAAAGUGAUUUAUUGGAGUAUCCAAAAUUGGCAUCGGCAUAUUACAAUUUGUUAAAUUGUUUGUCUCAAGAUCAUGUAACGUACCUUACCGCUUUGGAACCACGAGCAUUUGUAUAUAUAUUGGAGAGUUUGAACAAGGGCCUUGCAGCGUUAGAUUCGGCAAUUUACAUAAGCUGCUGUACAAUUUUGGACAGUAUUGUUUCGUACAUAUUUAAGCAGCUACAAUUAAAAACUUCAACAUUCCCAAAUAAAAAGCUACGAAGUUUGUCACGAGAAAACACUCAAUUUCUUAAGGUAGUUGAACUAAAUUCUGAGUUGCUACAGAACAUGAUGUCUUCACUGUUAAACAAUGUGUUGGCUGAAGAUUGUCGAAACCAAUGGUCCAUGUCUCGCCCAUUAUUGGUACUUAUAUUACUUUACGAAGAUUUUUAUCGCUCUUUGAAAGAAAAUAUUAUACGUGGACAACCCAUCGAAAAGCAGCAGACGAUGGCACAGUGGUUUGAAGAUUUGAUGCUUGGUAUUGAGCGUAAUGUGUCCAGUAAAAACAAAGAAAAGUUUACACAGAAUUUAUCUACUUUUCGACGAGAUGUUGCUAACCUACCAAAAUCAACAACAUAUUCGACAGACAAUUCAUACCAGGUCUACACUGAAACAAAUUACUCAAUAUCGGUAUAAAUAGUGGAACACAAUUAUCUUGUCUACUGGCUAAACCUGUCAACGAGUUGUUUUAACACAAUUUAUAUUCUUAUAUUUACAAAAAAAAAUUAUAAAGUACGCAUAAAAAAACAAAUUAUAUAAUGAUUUAUAUUUUUCUAAACUAGUUUGAAAUGUAUAGAAUUUUAAAGAAUGUCAUCUAUUAAAAUAUACCAUGCAAGAAAA